AUGAAGUAUGUGUUAUUGGCUUUGGUGCUAGCUGUGGCACUGGGUACAUCAAGUGAGGAAAAUGUCCUACAAUUAUUGGCUGAGUUAAAGCACAAUGCUGAAUUAGAAUUGGAGGGAUUAGAGCUGGCUUGGCAAAGAAGGAUUGCUGAGAAAUAGAGUGUUGCUGAUUCUCUUAAUCAAUCUGUUUUAAAUUAAAGAGCUGAAUGCCAAAACAAAGAAGAUGACAUAGCUUAGAAGCAGAAUGAUAUAUUGGCUAGUGAGAGUUUCAUUAAUUGGAUGAGUGGAAGAUAAAUUUCGAAUACAAAGAAAAUUGGAGUGUUGGAAGCAAGCAUGUAAGAGUAUUCUAAAUAUGAAGAUGUGCAUUAACCAACAACUAUGUGAAUGACAUAAGAAAUUUCAGGUAUGCAUUGGCUUUAGUGAAGUUUUUGAGAGAAGAACUAACAUAAUUGGAAGGAGGAGCAUCAUCCUUAGCCUAAGUGACAUAAUUCCACGAUAGAGUUAGCAAGUUCGUUAAGCUAUAUCGUAGUGGUUAAUUAGUCAAUUUAAUGGAGAAGAUUGAUGAUAAAUCAGAUCUCAUUGUUCCUGAGAUUGAAUAAGGCACUUUUGAUGAAAUUUCACUCAUCCAAAGAAUCAGACCAAAGGCAUUGACCUAAUUGGACUAAGCUGCUGAUGAUGAUGAUAAGGCAAACAAUGCAGUUGUUCUUAUUCCAGGAUGUGAUAAUUAAAUUGGAACAGUUGUUGUUGUUUAAAAUGAUGAUGGCACAACUGAUUCUGGAGAUCUUAAUGUUAAAAUUACAAAUGGAGGUGGAGUAAGUACAAAACCAAGUGGUGGUAAAUCAGGUUCUGGUUCUGGUUCAGGUUCAGGUUCUCAACAACUUCACAAGGAUCCAGUUACAAAGAGGGAAGAAACACAUCAACAUGAAGAACAUACCAAUUCAGGUGAUUCUGGUGACUCUGGUGAUUCUAGUGAUUCUGGUGAUAAUCAUGAUGGUGGUGAUUCUGGUGAUAUUAAUAAUUCUGGUAAUUCUGAAGAUACUAAAAAUACUGAUGAUACUACUCACCCAGAUGAUAAUACCAGUGAUGAAGAUCACCCAGAAAUUGUUAUUGAUGAUAAAUAACCAGAUCAUCAUGUAGAUGAACAACCCAAUAAAGCUGUUCCUACCAAGGAUCCUCAUGGAACUGGAGCUGUUGUUCCACCUGGAGAAGAAGAAUUUGCAGACAAUUGGGAGGUAUUUAUGAUUAAUAAAUACUUUAGGGAUUCAGAAAAUUGUUGGAUGCUAUUGAAAAUCACACCAAAAAAUCUUUAGAGACUGGAGCCAAUGAUGAAGUGAGAUCUAAUUUAGGAUUCAUUGAUUUCAAAUUACAUAUUGAAUUGGAAAAUCAAUUCUUUGACAAAACUAUCUAAUAUGAAAAAGAUUAUUUGGUAUUCUAUUUAGUUAUUAUCAAUAUAGGUUAAAUAAGUGAACUAAUUAACUGGCAGAAGACAAGCUUCCAUUUUAUGUGGAGCUAGAUUAAAAUAGAUUACAGUUGCUCACUAGGUUGCUUUGAAAGUAAGUGUAUGCAUUAAAUAAAGGAUAUCGAUGCUGCAAAACAAUUCUACGAAGAACAAAGAAAGUUGAAGCAAGAAGAAGUGAACACCUUUGAUGAUGUCUAUCGCAUCUAUACCACAUAAGUGAAUCAUUGAUAAAUAUAUAUUAUUUGGACC